AUGAGAGUCUCCGCCCAUCCAGUUUGGGAGGGCGUGCCGAUAUAUGCCAGUUCAAAGUUGACGCCUCGUGGGCUUCUUUCUCUUUGUACCUCGACUCCCGGACCCAGCCUUCCUCUAGGCUGCCAGUCCUAUAAGGCUACGAUGCCUCGUCGUUUCCUGCCUUGGUCUGCCUCUACUAUAUUCGUCAUAGCACACGACGCUCUCUUUAAACCCUUUCCUUGCCUGUCUUUGUUUGUUUUAUACGGUAUCGUGUUGUCUUUCUCGUUUCAACUCCAACCAGCCUACUUAUAUCACGACUCAACACAAACUCCAUCUCACGCACGUCUCGCCCGUCACCACAAGACAAAGUCAUAG